GAACUGAUUCUAGCAGUCCUUUGGCCGAAGACUUUUAACCAAAAUUGUUGCAGACCAACAUCGUCUCCAUUGUUCGACGCCAUCUUGAAUCCUUUCUGUUUUGGGGCUGAAGAUUGUAAAUAUUACAAUCUAUUAACUUAUAGCGGUGCGCGCCCGAACCUAGGACAUCAGAUAACACAUUUAUUGUUAUUGUUUACCAAGAAAGAGAAUAAAGUAGUUAUAUGUAUAUUUUUCCGUCUGCGUCCUGUUUGUUUCUGACUAGUAGAGAUUCUGGAUUAUUAAAGCAACGGCUAGUGAGUGAUUGCUUUGUGCACCCCAAAAGUGCACGAAGAUAUUCACACGCUAAGCUCGUUUCACUAUAAAAACUUCAGCGAUUCAUCGUAACUCGUCUUUGGUUCUAGUCUUUCUAAGGACUAACCCCUGACCAUAGAGCACCCAGCGACACAGCCAGUUCCAGCAACAGACAACACUAGCAGCAUUUUCGGACCUCCACCUUCAUCGUCUUCAUCUUAACGACGCCUCCACCACCGUCGCCUUCAUCUUAUCGAUGCCAACAACUUCGUUUUGGUUUAACUUCACGCUGUUUGUGAAUACUUCACCAUGGUUAACAGCAAGCUCAACCUGCGAGUACCUUCUGUACCAAGUAACCCGGCACAGCAUAGCAGCCACAACCGCUUACACGACAUGUGUUCAACCGGCUCUGCCUUGUAACCUCAACUUCUUGUACAGAGAUUCUACUAUUGUGUACCUUACUACGAACUGCAAUAAGAAAAUCAUAAUUGAUACAGACCCUGGUAUCGAUGAUGCUCAGGCUAUUUUGAUGGCCCUGGGUAAGGACAGCAGUGUAGAUGUUGUUGCCAUAACAACUGUUCAGGGCAAUGCCCCUGUUAUGAAUACUAGUUUGAACACGCUACGGUUACUGAAGGUAGCCAAUAGACAAGAUAUACCAGUGUUUCAAGGUUGUAAGUAUCCAUUAAUGCAAAGAGCCCAGCAUGCCCAAUAUUAUCACGGCAAAGAUGGUUUGGGAGAUGUUCCAGACAGUGAAGCACCGGGUUUGGAUCACCUUCAGAAGGAACAUGCUGUAAAUGCUUUAAUUCAUCUCGUGAACCAAAACCCAGGGGAGUUACAUCUUGUUUCCUUAGCUCCUCUUACUAAUAUAGCCACUGCAAUUACCUUAGAUCCAGAUUUUGGUUCAAAGCUCAAGAGUUGCUAUAUAAUGGGCGGAAAUUAUAAAGGAGUUGGCAACAUAUCAAGAAGUGCUGAGUUCAACUUUUACAAUGACCCGGAAGCAGCAAGCAUUGUUCUUAAGAAACUUUCUUGUCCAAUAACACUGAUAACAUGGGAACUAUGCGAAGAUUUAAAGCAACCUUCAUCUUUUUUUGAAAAGCUGCUAAUUCAUCCUGGCAAGAAAACUGCUCUUAUGCAAAAAGUCUUCAAAAAUGCAAUGAAACAGGCAGAGGCACGCCAACGUUAUGCAGUAAUGUGUGAUGAACUAGCUAUGGCAGCUAUCGUGAACGAUCAGUGUGUGUUAGACAGUGUGGAACUUUAUGCAGAAGUAGAACUGAAUGGAUCUAAAACAAGAGGUCAAAUGGUACCAGAUUGGACAAACAUAACAGGCAAGCCAAGUAAUGUUCAGAUUGUGACAAAAAUGGAUCUGAACAUUGUGGUAGACAUCUUGAAGAAAUGUUAUGAUUUUUAAACCACAAACACUAUACAUGCAUGCAUACCCUUCUGAUGUUACGUGACGAUUAUAUACAAUGACAUUGUCAUACAAAUGGUCUCUUACAUUUCCAGUUUUCUGGGAAAACAUGAAUCUCAUUGUUCUGAUGCAAGCAUGGAAGAGUGAACUUUAUGAUGAUGAUGAUGUUGAUACAUUGAAACAAGUGUGUGUGUGUGUGUGCAUAUGUUCCUUAUGCAUUCUAAAACCGAGUUGCCAAUUUUGAUGUAUGGGGUAUCAAAAGAUUCAGUACUAUUUCCACUACCAACUAAACUUUAUGUUCAUUGACAUAUUUCCAUUACAAAAACUUAAAAUUAUAAUCUUUUCCAUAACUCAAAUAUCGGAAAUAUUUUAUACAACGACGAUGACGUCACAUUUUCUAUAUGAGUGUCUACCUUAAAAGGCAUCCAUCAUUACGACACACACCUCCAUUCACUCACUCUAUCUCUCUCUCUUUCUCGUACACACACACACACACACACACACAAAUCCAUUUCAUAUACAUGUACAUACAUCUUUCACCUCAUUUCCUCCACUCUCUGCUCUCUCUCUCCCCUUUUCACUUUCGCUUUUCUUUCAAUUUCUGCUCUCUUCAAGCUUAAAGAAAUUAAUUUUUACAGAAUGACCAAGUGAAACACAGAAUGAGAAAAAGAUAGAGACACAAGAGAAAGAAACAGAGACAGGAAACAAGUUUCUAUAGAAGUUGAAAGAUGGGUGAAAGGGAGAUGCUGGUGUUUCAUACCCUAUGUAUGUUCUAUUGUUGUAAGUGAAAGAAAGCCAGCACAAAAUUGAUACUGUAUGUUCUAUAGGUGAAGGUGAAAGAAAGCGACACAAAGAGAGGGGGAAAGCAGGAGAAAAGGAGUAGCCAAACCCCCAGAAAUGAGGUCAUGUCGUACAAUUUUAAGGUCAUUUUCACUUUCGUCCUAUGUUUCCCACAUGCAUAGAAUUUGGCAUUAUCUUUGUCUUUCAAUUUCUCAUUAAAAUGUACGGAGACCUUCUGCUGUUAACAUAUUACAACUACACUACUUUUUCUUCCUUUAGAAUUACAAAAGGUAUGCAAAAGUAACUUCCUUUGGCACACAGUUAAAGUUCUGUAUGAAUUAUGUUAUUUUUUGCUGUGCAAUAAAUUACAGCUCAAAUUCUAUGGAAAUUACCUUUUCCUAUUCUAUCAUUCCUGUUUGUGAUGUGCAUAUUCCAAAACCUGAUUUUCCAUUUAAACAUACAAGCAGGUUAUCUCAGAAAUCCUGUCCUUUACCUGUUGUUUCUAGCAUGUCUGAGAUGACAUUUGCAUACCCCCACCCCCACCACCAUUUACUUAUUUCUUUCUUCAAUUUACCUACAUUUCUGUUUUCCAUACAGGAGAUUUCAAUUUCGCCUGAAAGCAGGUAGCUGAUGGGUGACCGAGGUAGGGGAAGGGGCAUUUAAUAUUUCUUUCAGAAAAAUUAAAUUUUCAAAAACAAAUUAUAUUUCCCACAUUCGUAAUCUCUGUAUUUUAUCACUUGCAUAAAAAAACAAAAUUCGAAAAACAGUUCAAAAUUAGGAAAUUUCGAUGGGGAGGGGGGAAAUUAUAAUUUUGAAAACAUGAUUUCUGGCCAAAAUCAUAUUAACCCCUUUUUACUCCAUGAAACAAUACAUAGUUUGUGAUCCUUCUUGAGAACACAAAUCACUUUCAUGCAAAUUGUAACCCUCCCCGCCCCCACUUCACUUCUGGACAAACAAUAACUUCCAUUAAGCCAGUAAUCCACUCCACUAUAUAUCAACUAA